GCGGAAGGACAACAGAGCUGACUCAUCCAGAGCAGCUGCACUUGUGAGCAUUUCUGGAGCCCAAGCUCUUCUCACAGAGGGAGGGACAGAGCAGGCCGCAGACACCAUGGUGCCCCCCUCAGUCCCUGCCCUCAGAGGGCGCGUCCCCUGGCAAGGACUCCUGCUGGCAGUCUCACUCUUAAUCUUCUGGAACCCGUCCACCAGUGCUCUAACCAUUGAAUCAGUGCCAUACAAUGCUGCUGAAGGAAAAGAUGUUAUUCUACUUGUCCACAAUCUGCCUGGGAGUCUUAUCGGCUACGGCUGGUACAAAGGGGACAGAGUAGAUCCCAGUCAACAAAUUGCAUCAUAUAUGAUAGGCACACAAAAUACUACCCAAGGGCCUGCAUACAGUGGUCGGGAGAUAAUAUACCCCAAUGGAUCCCUGCUGUUCCAGAACACCACCCAGGAGGACACAGGAUACUACACCCUUCAAGUCAUACAGACAACUUUGCUAACUGAAGUAGGAAUUGGACAGCUCCGUGUAUACCGGGAGUUAACCAAACCCAACAUCACAAGCAACAACUCCAACCCCAUGGAGGUUGAGGACACUGUAGUGUUAAGAUGUGAACCUAAGACUCAGGACACCACCUACCUGUGGUUGAUCAACAAUCAGAGCCUCCCGGACAGCGCCAGGCUGGAGUUGUCCCUGGACAACAGGACUCUCACUUUACUCCAUGUCACAAGGAAUGACACAGGACCCUAUGAGUGUGAAACCCAGAACCCAGUGAGUGCCCGUCGCAGUGACCAAUUCACCUUGAAUGUUCUCUAUGGCCCGGACACCCCCAUCAUUUCCCCCUCAGACUCCUAUUACCGUGCAGGGGCAAACCUCAGCCUCUCCUGCCACGUGGCCUCUAACCCACCUGCACAGUAUUCCUGGCUUAUCAAUGGGAGGCCCCAGCAAUCUACACCGGAGCUCUUUAUUCUCAACAUCACUGUGAAUGAUAGUGGAUCCUAUACCUGCCUCGCCCAUAACUCUGUCACUGGCCUCAAUAGGACCACAGUCAAGACUAUCACAGUCUCAGAACCAGUGGCAAAGCCCUCUAUCCAAGCCAGCAACACCACAGUCACAGAACAUGAGGAUGCUGUGGUCCUGACCUGCCUCACACAAGACACUGGGAUCUCCAUCCAGUGGUUCUUCAAUAACCAGAGCCUACAGCUCACAGAGGGGAUGAAGCUGUCCCAGGACAACAGCACACUCACCAUAGACCCCGUCAGGAGAAAGGAUGCCGGGGACUAUCAGUGUGAGGUCUCCAACCCGGUCAGUUUCAGCAAAAGUGACCUCCUCAGCCUGGAUGUGAAAUAUGUUCCAACACAAGGAAGUUCUGGCCUCUCAGCAGGGGCUAUUGCCGGCAUCGUGAUUGGAGUGCUGGCCGGUAUAGCCCUGAUAGCAGCCCUGGUGUACUUUCUGUAUAUCAGAAAGACUGGAGGGGCAAGUGACCAGCGCGAUCUCACAGAGCACAAACCCUCAGCCUCCAAUAACAGUCAGGGCCACUCUGACAACUCCCCUAACAAGGUCGAUGAAGUUACAUAUUCUUCCCUGAACUUCAGUGCCCAGGAAUCAAAGAAACCAACUUCAGCCUCCCCAUUCCCAUCAGUCACAGAAACAGUUUAUUCAGAAGUAAAAAAGAAAUAAUGCAACCUGUCCUGCUCGCUGCACUGCGGACUUAUUCCAAGCUUCUCAUCCCCAUCACUAGAAGGAUCCCUUCACCCUCAGGGAAAAGAGGAAGAAGCCUCUUUCCU